AUGAUGAAUCGUCUAUUCAUUAGAUCAAUCAAUCACAUUGGAAGUGGAAGGAAUCUUUCCCUCUCCAACAACUUCUGUCGCAGUUUCUCCAGCGCCACACCAUCAGAAUCAGUCUCACAAAAUGAUAUAGAUAAUGAACCAAGAUUCUUGGAAUGUUUCAAGACAUUCUUUGAUAAGGCUGCAGGUUUGACCAACUUGAAGCCAGGUGUCAUUAACAAUAUGAAGGAGUGCGAUGUGGUGCUCCGUGUCGAGUUCCCAAUCAAGAAUGAGCAUGGUGAUGUGGACAUCAUUGCUGGUUACCGCGCGCAGCACAGCCACCAUCGUCUGCCAUGCAAGGGUGGCAUCCGUUUCUCUAACGAGGUCGAUUUGCAAGAGGUGAUGGCGUUGGCCUCGCUGAUGACCUACAAGUGUGCCGUGGUCGACGUGCCCUUUGGCGGUGCCAAGGGUGGCAUCCGUAUCGACCCCAAGAAGUACACCGUGGCCCAGCGCGAGAAGAUCACUCGUGCCUACACCCUGUUGCUGUGCCAGAAGAACUUCAUUGGACCAGGUGUCGAUGUGCCCGCCCCCGACAUGGGCACAGGCGAGCAGGAGAUGGCCUGGAUUCGUGACACGUACCAGGCGUUCAACACCAACGACGUCGACUCGAUGGCCUGUGUCACGGGCAAGCCCAUCAGCUCAGGUGGCAUCCGUGGCCGUACCGAGGCCACAGGUCUUGGAGUGUUUUACGGCGUUCGCGAGUUCCUCUCCUACGAAGAGGUGCUCCAAAAGACCGGCCUGACACCAGGCAUCAAGGGCAAGAAGAUCAUCAUCCAGGGCUUUGGUAACGUCGGAUACUGGGCGGCCAAGUUCUUUGAGCAGGCCGGCGCCAAGAUCAUCGCCGUAGCCGAGCACAAUGGCGCCAUUCACAACCCCGACGGACUCAACGUCGACGCGCUCAACAAGUACAAGCUGCAGCAUGGCACCUUUAUCGACUUCCCAGGCGCCAUCAACAUCCCCAACUCGGUCAAGGCGCUCGAGAUACCCUGCGACAUCCUCAUCCCAGCGGCGCUCGAGAAGCAGAUCCACAUUGGCAACUGCAACAACAUCCAGGCCAAGGUGAUUGGCGAGGCUGCCAACGGACCAAUGACACCUCGUGCCGACGAGUUCCUGAACCAGCGCGGACACAUCAUCAUCCCCGACCUGCUGUUGAACGCCGGUGGUGUCACCGUGUCCUACUUUGAGUGGCUAAAGAACUUGUCGCACGUGCGUUUCGGCCGUCUCAACAAGAAGUGGGAAGAGUCGAGCAAGAAGUUGCUGCUAGAGUUUGUCGAGUCCACCGUGAACAAGAAGCUUGGUGAGGCUGAGCGCAACCUUGUCAUCCACGGCGCUGAUGAGAUCGACAUUGUUCGCUCGGGUCUCGAUGACACCAUGACCAAUGCAUGUGCCGAGACCAGAAGAACUGCCAACGAGAAGAACACUGACUAUCGUACCGCUGCACUCUACAAUGCCAUCAUGAAGAUCAAGGCUGUCUAUGAGUCGUCUGGUAACCUAUUCUCA